CAAUAGCAACUACAAUUAUGCUUGAAUCACCUUCCAAUAUAACCUUAUUCCACCAAAACACAAAAUUUACAUUUUUGUGUAUAUAUUGUGUUUUUGAAAGCAUUUUUUUGUAUAUAUUCAAACUCAAAUUAUUCUGCAACAAACAUCUGAAAAAAAAAAAUUAAUUCUUUUUUGUUUUACAUAUUUUUUAAGUUGUAUCACAUUUGAAGAUGUGCACCGUAAUUUAUAUUAUUUAUUUGUCUUAUAUCAUCAUCGAACUCUCAUAAAAUAAAUUGAAGGUACUAGUCUAACGGCAAAGCAUUAAAAUAAAUCAUUAAAUAUUAAUUUGAAUCUAGUUUUAUUAUUUUGAUACCCAUUUACACCAACCACAGUUACUAAAUAGGUUAUCAAAUUUUAAUAUAAGAAUAAAUAUAUUUAAAAUGGACACAUGUCAAUUCAUGAUAGGUUAUUUGAGUAGUUAAUUUUGUGACAGCUCUUUUUGCCCCAUGAUGCAUUUUCAUUUACUAACCAAUGAAUUAAAUUAAAUUAAAUUAAUUAAUUAAUUCCUAUUAAUCGAUGGACGAUUUCAAUUUGCACGACUAACCAACGAAUACCAAAAACAAAAAAAAAAUAUACUAAACAUAUAUUUUUUAUAUUUAUAUUUAAAAUAAAAUAAUGAUAAAUACAUAUGAUUGAGAGGGGUUGUUUGAGAGUGGGGGAUGGAAUCAAAUUGAUUGAUUGGGUCAAUUGAGGCGUUCAAAGCGUUGACUCUCCAAAAUGUAUUAGCCUUAUAAAUUGGAGCUAACACUUUCCAAAGUUUCAAACAAAACAUUUCAUCAUCACUUGGUUCAUCAAACUAAAUUGUUUCUUUUUUGCUCUCAAUUUUCUCGAAAAUGAAAGAUAAGUUUACAGGGACUAUUCUGCAAAGUGAUGCACUCGCCCAGUAUAUUCUGGAAACAAGUGCUUACCCGAGAGAGCAUGAGCAACUCAAAGAACUACGAAUGGCUACCGUCGACAAGUAUCAGUGGUGGAGUAUGAUGAAUGUAACUGCUGACGAGGGCCAAUUCAUAUCACUAUUCUUGAAAAUGAUGAAUGCAAAGAAAACAAUUGAGGUUGGAGUUUUCACUGGCUACUCUCUCCUCACUACUGCUCUUGCCCUUCCUAAUGAUGGCAAGAUAAUCGCAAUUGACCCGGACAGAGAAGCAUACGAGACUGGAUUGCCAUUUAUUCAAAAGGCAAACAUGGCACACAAGAUUAAGUUCAUUCAAUCUGAUGCCUUCAAAGUUAUGGAACAGCUCAAGGCCAAUGGUGAAGAAGGAACAUUUGAUUUUGCAUUUGUGGAUGCGGACAAGCAGAACUAUAUCCACUACCACGAACAGCUAUUGAAACUGGUUAGGGUUGGGGGAAUAAUUGCCUACGACAACACAUUGUGGUCGGGAACUGUAGCAGCGUCCGAUGACGAUGAGAUGGAGGAAUACCUGAGGAGGGAUCUUUCUGUGCCGUCUGGGAAGAUGGAGAUCUCUGAUCUAGAGGAUGAAGGAGCUGCGGCGCCUGAUGUGGUGGAUGACAAGGACGCAAGCGCAGUCGGUCCAUCAAGGCGUUGA